GCUGCCAGGCCGGCUGAUGCAGAUGCUCAAGCGCAGAUCAUUAAGUACGAUAACGAUAUUCGGAUCGAUGGAUACGAUUUUGCGUAGAUCCUACCAAAAGAAGAAGGUUGAUAUGUCGUACUAUGGCACAUUGAUGAGCGAUAAUGAUUUUAAUGUACAGAAACGGUUAACCUUGAGGUCCGGCAGCCCACCAUUAUGAAAGAAAGACUAUAGAGUUACAAGAUAUGAAACCAGUAACGGCAUCAAACGCACGGAGUCCGGAGUGGUAAAAGGAGGCGCGAAACCCGAG